AUGGGGCAUAACGGUAGCUGGAUUUCCCGAAAUGCCAGCGAGCCGCGCAACGCGUCCAGCGCCGAGGCGGCGGGCGCCAACCGCAGCGCGCUCGGGGAGUUUGGCGAGGCGCAGCUGUACCGCCAGUUCACCACCACCGUGCAGGUCGUCAUCUUCAUAGGCUCGCUGCUCGGAAACUUCAUGGUGUUAUGGUCGACUUGCCGCACAACCGUGUUCAAAUCUGUCACCAACAGGUUCAUUAAAAACCUGGCCUGCUCAGGGAUUUGUGCCAGCCUGGUCUGCGUGCCCUUCGACAUCAUCCUCAGCACCAGUCCUCACUGUUGCUGGUGGAUCUACACCAUGCUCUUCUGCAGGGUCGUCAAGUUUUUGCACAAAGUCUUCUGCUCUGUGACUAUCCUCAGCUUCCCUGCCAUUGCCUUGGACAGGUACUACUCAGUCCUCUAUCCGCUGGAGAGAAAAAUAUCUGAUGCCAAGUCCCGAGAACUAGUGAUAUACAUUUGGGCCCAUGCAGUGGUGGCCAGUGUCCCUGUGUUUGCAGUGACCAAUGUGGCCGACAUCUACGCCAUGUCAACCUGCACGGAAGUCUGGAGCAACUCUUUGGGCCACCUGGUUUACGUUCUGGUCUACAACAUCACCACGGUCAUCGUGCCUGUGGCUGUGGUGUUCUUCUUCUUAAUACUGAUACGCCGGGCCCUGAGUGCCAGCCAGAAGAAGAAGGUCAUCAUAGCAGCACUGCGGACCCCACAGAACACCAUCUCUAUCCCCUAUGCCUCCCAGCGGGAGGCUGAGCUGCAUGCCAUGCUGCUGUCCAUGGUGAUGGUCUUCAUCUUAUGCAGCGUGCCCUACGCCACACUGGUCAUCUACCAGACAGUGCUUAAUGUCCCCGACACUUCCGUCUUCUUGCUGCUCACGGCCAUUUGGCUGCCCAAAGUCUCUCUGCUGGCGAACCCUGUGCUUUUUCUUACUGUGAACAAAUCUGUCCGCAAGUGCUUGGUAGGGACCUUGGUCCAACUGCACCACCGCUACAGCCGCCGAAACGUGGUGGGCACAGGGAGUGGGAUGGCUGAUGCCAGCCUGGAGCCCAGCAUGCGCUCAGGCAGCCAACUCCUGGAGAUGUUCCACAUUGGGCAGCAGCAGAUCUUCAAGCCCACGGAGGAUGAGGAAGAGAGCGAAGCCAAGUACCCAGGCUCAGGGGCUCUCCAGGCCAAGGAGCUACUUCCCACCUGCCUGGAGGCAGAGCUGGGGCCACAGUUUGCAGCUCCCGCACCACCCCCGGGCACUGUGGACUCUAUCUCCCAGGUAGCACCAGCAGUGUCUGUGGAAUCUGAGACAUUUCCCGACAAGUAUUCCCUGCAGUUUGGCUUUGGGCCUUUUGAGUUGCCUCCCCAGUGGCUCUCAGAGACCCGAAACAGCAAGAAGAGACUGCUUCCUCCCUUGGGUAAUACCCCAGAAGAGCUGAUCCAGACAAAGAUGCCCAAGGUAGGCAGGGUAGAGCGGAAGAUGAGCAGAAACAAUAAAGUGAGCAUCUUCCCAAAGGUGGAUUCCUAG